AUGGACAUCCUUGACACCAGAUGGCUCUUUCAUACACCAACAUCGUCCUACCCGCAUUUUUUUAAACAAUCUGUAAUUUGUUACUGCCCGUUCAGACGUGAAUUUUACCAUGAAGAUCGUGAUUCUUUUUGCUUUGAUACUUGUUCUAGAAUCAAUUGUCGCUCUGUCACUGCCUGCAAUGGUCGUAUUAGCAAAGGAUUGUGCGGAUGCUGUGAUGUUUGCAUUGUGACUCUGCGUGAAGGAGAGGUAUGCAAUCCCUAUCCAUUUUUAGGUCUUCCCCCGCAUUCAGAAUGUGGAUUUAACCUGGUUUGUAGUAAACAUACGAUGACAUGUAUCAAACCUCUGAAUCUUUUCGUGGAUAAAUGUAAUGAAGAAAGGUCCAAAGCAAUGUUGAAAAUGCUCCCCGGAGCUUUUCUCCCCAGAUGCAGUGCUGAUGGAUCUUAUGCUCCUGUCCAGUGCAGGGGAUCAGUAUGUAAAUGCGUAACGAAAGAUGGGGAAGAAAUCAACGGAUUUCAAGGGCGUAUUCAUGACAAUGACAUGAAUUGCAAUUGCGCGCGUGACCAGUCCGAUUACCAAAAAGAACAACUUCUGGAUUGGCUCUUCUGGAGUUCACAUCAGCAAAAUAAACUCGCUCAAUUGUUAGAUAAAAGACGAUUACCAAAACCACAGAUGACAGAUGAUUUCUUAGUUCUUAGUAAUAAACGUUCUUGA